AUGAAAUGUAUGAGCGGAGUCAUUGGUCUGAAUCCUGGCGGUUUCACUGGGGGCUCCUCUCUGGCACUUGAUGCGCUGUGUGCGGACAAGGUCUCGCUGAGAACGGUGCCCUCCUCUUCCCGUCUUUCUCUUCCGUGCUCCUCUGUGCCUCUCACUUUCUUUGUGAUUGUGUUUCGACUCUCUCAUGCGUCGGCUCAUCCGCACCCUUUUUCGUCUCUAGUACGUUGGGUGCACACACGGGCGGCACACACACUCACCUGCACAUACCCUCUUUCGUGUCCUCCUCGUGCCGUUUCACACAAGCGCAGCAACAGGCGAAGAGAAAAACAGGCAGACGCAUUCGCUCACAUAUUUCCCCGUUCUUGCAACCAGGCACUCAUGCGCGGCGGACGCGGUGGCUUCGGUGGUCGCGGCGGCGGCGGUCGCGGAGGUGGCAGCCGAGGCGGCUUUAGCAGCGGCGGCGGCCGUGGCGGUGGCCGCGGUGGCCGCGGCGGCGGUGGUCGUGGCGGUGGCCGCGGUGGGGGUCGCGGCGGAGGCCGAGGUGGUGGCCGUGGCGGUCGUGGAGGCACGGGUUCGCCGAAGGGCAACAUUUUCCACCCGCAUGCCCGCUUCAACGGCUGUUACCUCUUGGCCGGCAAAGACACCCUCUCCACGCGGUCGCUGGUCCCUGGCGUGUCGGUGUACAGCGAGAAGCGUGUGAACGGCACGGUGGCCGGUGAGUCUGAGUCGCACGAGUUCCGCGUAUGGAACCCGUACCGCUCCAAGCUAGCGUCCGCCAUCUACGCUGGUGUAGCGAGCAUAUACAUGGAGCCUGGCUCUGCCGUGCUGUACCUUGGCGCAGCCAGCGGCACCACUGUUAGCCACGUCUCGGACCUUGUUGGACCUGAGGGCAUUGUGUACGCGGUAGAGUUCUCGCACCGCAGCGGCCGUGAUCUGGAGGAGAUGACGAAGCGCCGCAGCAACAUUGUCCCGAUCCUGGAGGAUGCCCGCUACCCGCAGAAGUACCGCAUGCUUAUUCCUCGCCUGGUGGACUGCAUCUUCAUGGACGUUGCCCAGCCGGAUCAGGCUCGCAUUCUAGCCCUCAACGCGCAGCACUUCUUGAAGGCAAAUGGAGGCUUUGUUAUUUCGAUCAAGGCGAACUGCAUCGACUCCACGGCGGACCCGGCAGCGGUGUUCGCGUCCGAGGUGCAGAAGUUGAAGGACUCUGGCCUCCGCCCGAAGGAGCAGGUCUCUCUAGAGCCAUUCGAGCGUGACCACUGCGUCGUCACGGGCUACUACAAGAAUGUCCCGCAGGCGGCGUAA